AACUAGUUCCGGGUAACAGCCGGUGGCUAACGUUAGCUGAAACCGAAACGCAGUCCUUCGCUCUACAUUCUACAACAGAGUGGGUUAACAUAAUCCACGGAACAGGAUGGACGGUGAAGAAAGAACCUACGGUGGCUGUGAGGGGCCAGAUGCCAUGUAUGUGAAACUGAUCUCUUCAGAUGGUCAUGAAUUUAUUGUGAAAAGAGAACAUGCUUUGACAUCUGGGACUAUCAAAGCCAUGUUAAGCGGACCAGGACAGUUUGCUGAAAAUGAAACCAACGAAGUGAACUUCAGGGAGAUUCCCUCUCACGUUCUGUCCAAGGUCUGCAUGUACUUCACCUACAAGGUCCGCUACACCAACAGCUCCACAGAAAUACCUGAAUUCCCCAUCGCUCCGGAGAUCGCCCUGGAACUGCUCAUGGCUGCAAACUUUUUGGAUUGUUAAAGUUACAGAAACAAUGUUGCAGCUUAAAACAGUUUUAGAUUUUUUUGAAUAUUUAAAUUGUUUUGCCAUUUACUUAUAUGAAACCUGAAUAUAAGUAUGUAUGUCACUUUUCUUUUUUUUGCACCUGGCUUUCUGUCAUAAUUUUAUUAGUAUUAAAGGAUUCAUUUUAAUGUUAUACAUGGAUAGGGCAGGCUGCCACGUUUAUCCCAAGAAUGUGAUAAACAUGCCCCCCACCCCAUAAAUGUUUCCUCGCCUCUCCAGAUUAAUAAAGACCUGUCUGGUGAGCACAGUUUAUUGCAAGUUGUUCCCUCACUAUGCAUGUUCCAGAUGAAGUACUGCUUACUUUGAAUACCUUUUUUUUAACGAAAGACGGCAUCAAACUUGAAUUGUGUAUUUUGGUCUAGCUCAAGUUAAACAAUACAUAAUGUUUGAAAGGGCAUGAAGAAAAUGAGGCUUAUUUCUAAUGCUAAAAUACACAGUUCUGUGUUGCACAUUAGAGGUUAGACAUAACGGAACAUGUUUUGUAUACAUACUCACUUGCUUGUGAUUCUUUGAAAAUGAGAUGGAUGCCUUAUCGAAUGUGUGUCAAAUUCUCUCUUCGGAGUAGGACAAUGUAUUACUUUUAACUUCAUAUAUAAAGUAAACUUAGUGUG